AGAUCUAUUCUUAUUACAGAGAUGCGUGUUAUCUUUGGCCAGCCAACAGGCACAACUCCAGGAGAGGUCCCGUCCGGCGGAGGUAUCCUGCCUGGAGCUUUGUACAGGGUCAACUUCCCCGGGCCGCGGUCGCCUAACGACUAUGUGGAGCUGAGGAGCGACAGUCCCUUCAGUCCGGACUCCUUCACCAUCUCCUUCCACAUGAGAACACCAGCCAGAGAUACCGGCACCAUCUUCUCUUACGGCACACAACAACAGCCACGCGAGAUCGCUUUCAUUGGCCAAGCUGGUUCCCAAAGUUACACCUUCUUCGUGAAUGGAGAAAGAGCUACCGUCACCAUCCCGAAGGUUCUAGACGGCCAAUGGCACGUUGUUGCCAUCACGUGGAGGAACUCAGACGGACAGUGGAGGGUGAUGGUGGACGGACAGGAGAGAGCUUCCGGUUCCGGUCUGGCGCGAGGCCACAGGAUCCGUCCUGGCGGCACGUGGAUUUUAGGACAGGACCAGAACAUUGUCGGAGUACGACCAAGGUUUGAGCGUAAUAAUGAGUACUUAGGAGACAUUGCGGAGUUCCACGUGCACGACGAAGUGCUGUCUGAUGAUGACCUGCGGAGGCUGUACUCCCUGCAGUACCCCGGUGAUGCAGUCAACUGGAGACGGGUGGCAAUCACGCCAAGAGGCAGCGCCAGGAGAACAUCUCACCCAGUUUCGGUCCGCUUGACUGUUGACAGUAGGGGACGUCCUCGCGUCAUCGUGGAUGCUCCUUCCACUGUGCCCACAACAGGACAAGAAAAGACCAAAUGCCAGACAUUACUUGAGACGACCCAGACCGGGGGUGCUAGAGGCGCUUUUAUCCCGCAAUGUGAAGAAGACGGCUCCUUUAAAACGACCCAGUGUCAUGGGUCCUCCGGCUACUGUUACUGUGCACACCCGACUGACGGUACACGUUAUGAAGAGACGGGAAGGAGAUCGUGGGAGGGGGGCAUGGAACAUGACUGUGACACAUACUGGCAGACUAAGGGACAAGAAAAGACGAAGUGUCAGACGGAACUUGAGACGACCGAGGCCGGGGGUGCUAUAGGCGCUUUCACCCCUCAGUGUGAAGAAGACGGCUCCUACAAGACAACUCAGUGCCAUGGCUCCUCCGGCUACUGUUACUGCGCUCACCCGACUGACGGGACACGAUAUGAGGAGACGGGACGGAGGUCAUGGGAGGGGGGCAUGGAACAUGACUGUGACACUUACUGGCAAACAAAGGGACAAGAAAAGACAAAAUGUCAGACACAAGUAGAGACCACAGUACCUGCACCAGGCGCCUUCAUCCCACAAUGUGAGGAAGACGGUUCGUUUAAGACCACCCAGUGCCACGGCUCUACCGGCUACUGUUACUGCGCACACCCGACUGACGGUACACGGUAUGAGGAGACGGGCAGACCGACUGGCAGAGGACAGGGGACCAUGGACCAUGACUGUAACACUUACUGGCAGACAAGGGAACAAGAAAAGACAAAAUGCCAGACACUAGUAGAGACCACAGUACCUGCACCAGGUGCCUUCAUCCCACAAUGUGAAGAAGACGGGUCCUUCAAGACCACCCAGUGCCACGGCUCUACCGGCUACUGUUACUGCGCACACCCGACUGACGGUACACGAUAUGAUGAGACAGGCAGACCGACGGGCAGAGGACAGGGGACCAUGGACCAUGACUGUAACACUUACUGGAAGACAAGGGCAAUACCUGACAGAGGGCUAGUUGUCGGAGGUGUAGCGCCCGGAGGAGUUGCUCCCGGAGGAGUUGUCACCGGAGGUGUAACUCCAGGAGGAGUAACUCCUGGAGUAACAUCCCGGAGAAAGAAACUACCUGAACUUCCCUGAGCCUCGGUCUCCCGACAACUACGCUGAGCUGAGAAGCGACAGUCCCUUUAGUCCGGAUUCUUUCACCAUCUCC